GGCAGUCGGUGGUCUAACGCGCGCCGGUGCAGGUCAGUCCAUUGAUCAAUCUUCCUGUGUGGUCAAAGUUAAUUUUUUCGCAACCAAAAUUCGCCAAUAACUCCAAAAAAAAAAAAUCAUUAAUAAACAAUUAAAUAAUCUUAAUAAAUAUAAAAAUUAUUUCAAAUAUUAACUUGACAAUUAAAUUUGAAUGCAAAAAAAAAGAAAAAAAAAAUUUGCAAAAAUGACUGAAAGUAACCUUGAAAUAGUGAAUUAUUUUGUUGAUAAUUUGGAGUAAAAAAAAUUUCAUACAUUUCACAUAAAUAAAUAAAUAAAAGUGUAUAAAAUAGUUGAAUAAUUUUAACAACAUUGUGUAAAUUUAGUGUUUAGUUUUUCAAAUAAAAAGUGAAAUUUUCGUAUGCAAAUUUUUUUGCUUACGAGAAUUUAAAGUAAAAUAUUUGUUAUGACUGUGUUGUUUCCAUCGUUGAUAACUAGUAAUAAGAAGAAUGAUAAUAAUAAUAUUAAGUGGUUAUUGAAUGUUACAAAUAAUAAUCAACAAAAUCAAGAUAAUUUUAGUGAAUGGUGUUGGAGUAAUAAGUACAGUCAAGGGGAUCAAAUACAGGGACUGGUGGUUGGUGGUAAUUUGACAACCGCUACCACCACCAACCCCAUCAUGCCUCGGGCUAUGUCGGCAAGACGUGGUUUGCAAGCAAUUGGACUUAUUCUUUUGACUGCUUAUGCUACUAUAUUACUUUAUCAAGCAGUUGUUGUACCUCGCCAGUGGCCAGAGAACAAUGAAAUUGAAGUUGGUGCUAUGAAUAAUUUUGAUGUUGAUGCAUCAGAAAUACAAAAAACAAUUAUUGAUGAAAUACCAGUUACUCCGUCAGUUGCAACAGCAACAAUGGCACCAUUUUCAACUGAUCUCAAUGAUGUCUUUAUCAGUGUCAAGACAACAAAACAUUAUCACUAUUCACGUUUACCAUCUAUCAUUGCCACGUGGUUUCAACAUGCCAAAGAUCAGACUUGGUUUUUUACUGACCGUGAUGACCAGUACUUUCAAAAUCAAACAAAUGGUCACAUGAUAAAUACAAAAUGUUCUUCAUCUCACAAUCGUCGAGCCUUGUGUUGCAAAAUGUCAGUGGAAUUUGAUAGAUUUCUGGAAUCCGGAAAAAAAUGGUUUUGUCAUUUUGAUGAUGACAAUUACGUUAAUGUCCGAAGAUUAUUAAAAUUACUUGACAAUUAUAAUCCACGUGAAGAUUGGUAUCUCGGCAGGCCGUCAAUACCAGCACCAUUAGAAAUUGUUCGACAAGGUGAUGAAGCUUCAAAACAUCCUAAGGUGAAAUUUUGGUUCGCCACAGGAGGUGCAGGAUUUUGCAUCAGUCGAGCACUUGCAUUGAAAAUGGUACCAGUUGCUGGUGGUGGUAAAUUUAUAACUGUUGGAGAUCGUAUAAGAUUGCCAGAUGAUGUCACAAUGGGAUAUAUCAUUGAGCAUCAAUUAAAAAAACAACUCACUGUUGUUGAGCAAUUCCAUUCACAUUUAGAAGCAAUGAAAUUUUUGAAUGAGGACACCUUUCAUGAACAGGUAUCGUUUAGCUACUCAAAGGGUCCAAGAGACGAAUGGAACAUUGUUAAAAUUGACGGUUUUGAUCCCAAGGACGAUCCAAACAGAUUCAGAUCAAUACAUUGCCGAUUGUUUCCACACGAGACUGAUUGCCAAAAGAGAUGAUCAAACUGAAUUUUUAAAUUUAUGACACAGCCCAAAGAAGACAAUCUUUUUUUUUUUUUUUUAUAUAAAAAUAAGUCUUGUAUCAAAGUCAUAUAUACUUGAUUCAUUUUUAAUUUUUAUCAAUGGGAUAUUUUCAUUUAAAUCGUGAUAUUUGUAAAUAUUUAUUAGCC